AUGACGGCUAGCCUGCCACCGGCGUACCAGUCCGUUGCGAACACGUCGAAGCAACGAAGGCGGAUGAGUGGCGGCCACGAGAUCCGUCCCGAACUAUCAAUGGCGUCGAAUUCGACAUCGAUUCACGAUUUUCACGGGAUACCGAUCGAUCCACUGCUUUAUUCGGCUAUUCGACACUUUCGUCCAAUCAGUCAAACCCAGCCGCAGCCUGAGACGAGAUCCGGACGCUCGAUUAUCCCCUACACGACGCGCCACUCCGAUUCCGGGUUCUCGUCAGUGUCCGGCACGGGAAAAGACUGUUACUCGUCGCACUCGUCGUGCUCACUCCUUCCCCCGCCGCCUCCCUAUCGCCAUCCUGCGUCACGUUCUCAUCAAACUGGACGUCACCGCAUCCAUCGCUCGUUUUCCGACUCGAAAUAUCAACAAGCGUCGGCUUUACUCCCAACGAGUCACUCAAUGGCUCUUGAGGCAGCCCGAAAACUCCGUGGCGCUUCGUGGCAACAAUCGCGCGCCUCUGUCACCAGCUAUGAGCCAAAUAGCCCCUCACCGUCUAUGAGUACGGUCUCCUGUCCCGACUACCCGGAGUUGCAGGAAAAAUUGAAUCGACUUUCGAUGGCCAGGGAUAGCCUGGCGUUGCAGGUAGCUGUUCUCACUGAGCAAGUCUCUGCACAAAAGGAGAAAAUCCGGGAUCUAGAAGCGAUUGUGACAGCAAGCAGAGGAAAGCAAGGCUCCCAUAACGAUCUCGGCACACUAGAGUCUCUAAGUCUGCAAGAAGAGGCCGAUAUUGACUUCAAGAAAAUGGAUUUGAUUGCCGAGGUGAGUAACCUCAAGCUGAAGUACGCGUCGCUGGAGAGGGAGAAAAGCGACACCGAGAGGAAGCUACGAGUCUCCCAGAACGAGAUCGAGCGGUUGGCGGAUUGUCUGCACGGGAUCGGCCCAUCUCCGUCAAUGAUUCAAUCAUCAACUGCCGUCUCUCACCAAAACGGCCCCCCACCGCCAAAUCCCUAUGCCCAAAUGGCGCAAAGGACCGAGAAGCAACAAGACGAGAUGGAGCAUUUGAGACACGCGGUCACCCGUUUGAUCGCCGACAAUGAAGCAAAGAAUGUGCAGAUCAACAGUUUGAGGAACGCUUUGGAUGAGCAUUGUAGACAGAGGGACGACUGCUAUGCGGCUCCAGUGAAUGGGAGCAGUGCGAACUGGCCCGAUCGACCCCAUCAGCCCCAUUAUGACAUCAAUGCGCAGCUCAGGCGAUUGCUAAUGGAUGAGCCGCUAGAGAUGGCGCACUCUACCUCGUUCCCGAUGAGUCUCUGCUCGUCAACUCACGGCCCUGAUAGGCGCAGUGCGGUCCAGUCCUCCUCUUCCUACACGUCAUCCCUGUCAACGGCCUCGCCGCAACACUCGUGGUCUCAAUCGGGCACGCCGAGUCGCUCGCACAACCUCCUACAUCCACAGGCACAACAAAUCGCAAAUUACCGAUCCCCGUCAUCGCCAGCAGCCCGUCAACUAGCCGCCGAAUUGGACGAAUUGCGGCGUUUAGGCGAUCAUAUCAAUCAUCAACAUCACUUUGCAUCAACCACGUUGCCACGAGGAAUGGGAGUGAAAGCGGCUUCAACGUUGGCGAUUCCCGGGAAAAAGCUCAGCGUCGCCUCGUCCACCGGAACGGCGGAUUGGCCGCCGAAAUCUAAAGAAAUGGCUCUCGCACACCCUAGGACGACAACGAAACAAGAAGCGGGCGAUCUCGGUCCCGAAUCUAGUCGAGAGCGACGACGAAGUGGCGAGAGGACGGGGGCUACCCUUGGCUCACAAUCGUCAAAAUUAGACCCGUCAUUUAAACGCGAUCGCACGCGGAGCAGUCUGCGGAAUUUGUUCUCAAAGCUGACCAGGUCCUCGUCCCAGGAUCACCACCAAUUCCGACGCGGCUCUCAAGCAAGAUCAACGUCAGCCGCUCGAUUGGGUGGAUCGGGUCCUCUAUCUGGCGCAAUCGCCCUCAGACCGGCUGUCUCCCAUUUCGUCGAUUGGAAAAGCGAGCAGAUUACUGAGUGGAUCGGAGAGAUCGGUUACCCACAAUAUCAGCCCGAAGUGUCCGAGGUGGUUCGAUCGGGUCGACAUUUGCUGAAUAUGAAUGCCGAUGAAUUAGAGAGGGAGCUAGGCAUCAAAAACCCGCUUCAUCGAAAACGCAUUUUGCUUAUUUUACGCCGAAUCGAGGAGGACGUGCUGGAGCCGGUCGACAAAUUUGAUCUGCAUCAGGUUUUGCGAUGGUUGGAAGACGUCGGUUUACCCCAAUACAAGGACACCUUCGCCGAAUAUUUGAUCGACGGGAUCACCCUCGAGCAUUUGACGGCUGCAGACAUUGUUGAGAUGCGAAUCACGAACGGAUCGCACUACGCAACGCUUUGCCGAAGUAUCCAAUUCCUCAAGGCCGUCAAUUUCCGACCGCAAGCUCUAGACAAAAAAUUUGAUCCGACAACGGUUUCCCGGUAUCCGUGCCCGAAUUCGUUGGUCCGGUGGGCGCAUUCGACAACGUGCGAAUGGCUGAGGACAAUCGAUCUCUCCGAGUUCACGCCAAACCUACUGUGUGCCGGUGUGCCCGGAGCCUUGCUGGUGUACGAGCCGACAUUCACCGCCGAAUCGCUUGCCGAAAUGUUGCAGAUUCCUCCGCACAAAACGCUCUUGAGACGUCACCUCACCUCGCAUUUCAAUCAAUUAUUGGGGCAAAAGCUGAUCGCUGAGAAGAGGGAUUUCUUGGCGCAAGGCAUUUAUCCUCAACUAAUGCCCUCAUUAAGGAUAAAGGUCGUUAAGAAGGGUUUUUCAUUAACGCGGAAGAAGGCAAAGAACGAGAUUUGCGUGGAGCCGGAGGAGAUGCUCGCCCCACCGGACUUGAGGCAUAAAUUCCCAAUGUCAGCUCAAUCCCUGCUCGAGUCACUCGAUGCGUCAAACGUC